AUGUACCACUGCAGCAUCAGUGCAAAGACGACAGGAGAAAAGGCACGACUCAGUGGACAGGAGAGACAACAUAAAGACACGGAGGAGAAGACGGAGACAGAGACGAGAGCCUGACGAGGAGGGACAGAGACAGAAGGAUAAAAGGGAGACGGAGGGAGAGACGAGACACCUGCAGAGUCGGCAGCAGGAGCACGGAGCGUGGGCCUGGCAGAGAGGGAGCCUCAAUCAGAGCCUCACUUCAGACUGUGAAAGCCACACACACACCCCGACUUAAAACACAGUUGUUUACCCGUCUCCACUCUCCAGAGGGUCUGGGAGCUCCCUGAAGUGUGUGUGUCUGGUUGGGUGCAUAGGGUGGGAGGGUGUGUGUUUUUUUUAUUUGUUAAUGAGUGUGUGGGUGUCUCGCGUCACUUUUCAUGGGACAUUGAGAGAUGUGUGUGUCACAGCAUCGGUGGACGGGCUAUAGGGGGCCGUGCUCCCCCGCCCUCCCCCUGAUCCUCCUCCUCCUCCUCCCUCUGUCCUUCCUCUCCUCCAUGCCUCCGUUCGCUCAGGGAGCCAUCCACAUCCCCAAAGACUAUAAAGUGCAUAAAAUGUUACAGCCUCCGCUCCUGACAAAGAUGCCGACAUCGUACACAGCCUUUUCUCUUGAGGACAUCUAUCUGCCAUGUGAGGCCUCUGGUAACCCGACACCCACUUUCCGCUGGAUGAAGGAUGGCAAGUUGUUCGGGUCGGAGCAUAAUGAGUCCGGGACGUUGUACGCCGAAGAGGAGGAGCCCCUGGAGUUGUACGAAGGCAAAUACCGCUGCUUUGCCUCCAACACCCUGGGGACCGCCAUGACACAAACCAUACAGGUCAUCGUAGAAGCUCAACCAGUUAUGGCCAAACAACAGAAAAUACAUUUGAGAGCCUUCGAGGGCGAGAGCAUGGUCCUGACCUGCCGCCCUCCGCAGAGCUCAGAUCCUCCGCUCAUCCACUGGAUGGACAAGAAGAUGGUGCACAUCAAGCAGAGUGAGAGAGUGAUGGUCGGCCAGGAUGGGAACUUGUACUUUUCUGAUCUUCUAAAGAGCGACACCAGAGACGACUACACCUGCAACGCCCAGUAUACAGCAGCCAGGACCGUCCUCCCUGACACUCCCAUCAGGCUCACUGUCAUGCCCAGUAAUGAUGUCAGUCAGGUCAGAGUUCCCCGCCUCUUCCGUCCCACCGGCACCCACACCACCAUCAUGGCCCUCAGGGAGAACAGCGUCACCCUCGAAUGUAUCCCCACAGGCCUACCCACUCCGGUGGUCAAAUGGAAAAAGAAGGACGGUCACAUGCAUGAAACGAGCGGGAAACUGGAGGCCCAUGACCGCUGGCUUCACUUCGAGAGCAUCACCCAGAAUGACGACGGGGAGUACGAGUGCACAGCCUCCAACAAUGUAGGCUCCGUGUCACACGCCUUCACUCUCACUGUGGAAGCUGCUCCGUACUGGGUGAAGGAGCCUCAGAACCUGCUGUACUCUCCCGGGGAAACUGUGCGACUGGAGUGCCAGGCUGAAGGCAUCCCGACCCCCGCCAUCACCUGGAGCAUCAACGGUCAGCCAGUCACAGAGGUGGAUGCUGAUCCUCGUCGGAGCAUAGCAGAGGGCGUGUUGAUACUGAGGGAUGUUGAGUUUGCUGACACCGCUGUGUAUCAGUGUGAGGCCACCAACAAACACGGCGCCAUCCUCCUCAACACCUACCUUUACGUCGUAGAGCUCCCGCCUCAGAUCCUGUCCUCUGACGGAGUGGUGUACAGAGUCACUGAGGGCGGAGACGUCAUGCUGCACUGUGAAUCCUUCGGCUCGCCACGACCUCACGUCACAUGGGAGGGUGGGGACAAGCUCCCCCUGCUGUCGGACCCUCGUGUCUCCCUGCUGACCAACGGGACCAUCGAGCUGUCGGGGGCCAGUCACGAUGACACCGGAGAGUACACCUGCUCCAUCAAACACUCCAACAUCUCCAUCUCUGCUCACCUGGAAGUCUUCAAUCGAACACAGAUACUGACGGAGCCGCAGCACUUGCGCACGCUCAGAGGAACCAACGCUCUGCUGGACUGUGACUUCUACAAAGACCCUCAGCUGCUGCAGUACCGGAUCAUCUGGAGCAAAGACGGACUGGAGCUGCAGGAAUCGUCACCAGAUGACAAGUACACUAUCUUUGAGAAUGGCACCUUGAAAGUGACAAACGUCCACCCAGAGGACAACGGGGUGUAUUCCUGCGAGGUCAAAACUGACCUGGACCGUGUGAAGGCCAGUGGCUCCAUCACUGUCGUAGCGCGGCCGGAUCCUCCCAAAGAUCUGUUUCUGUCUGAUAUCGAGGACCACAGCCUCACUCUCAGCUGGAUCCCAGGACACUCACACAACAGCCCCAUCAUAGAGUUCAUCGUGGAGGCCCGGGAGGAGCAGCACUCCGAGGAGGGGCAGUGGAAGUGGGAGGAGUGGAAGAAAGUGUCCGGGGAGUUCAACCACUUGGAGCUGACCCUCCACCCCUACUGCACCUACCGCUUCAGGGUCAUCGCCAUCAACGAGAUCGGCAACAGCGACCCUAGCAAGCCCUCAGAGCACCGCAGCACGCCGCCAGCUGUCCCUGACAAAAACCCCACUGGUGUGCGCAGUGAGUCCAUAGACCCAAAGACUCUGAUCAUUACCUGGGAUGAGAUGGACAAGCGUUUGCAUAACGGCCAGGGCUUCCAGUACAAGGUGUAUUGGCGGCAGGCUGGGGGGGCGGAUGUCCGCUGGAACACCGCCGACGUACAGUCUCCGCCAUUCAUGGUAAACAACACAGGAACGUACACGCCGUUUGAGAUCAAAGUCCAGGCUGUCAACUCACUUGGAGCAGGACCGCCACCGCGGCCUGAGAUCGGACACUCUGGAGAGGACGUGCCUGAAGAAGCUCCCACUGGAGUCACAACAACUGUGAUCAACAGCACCGUCAGAGUCAAGUGGAACGAAGCCAAGAAUGUCCGAGGUCUGCUGCUGGGAUACAAGAUCUACAUCAGGAGGAUGGGACCUCAUGGGGGUCGGUUGCGGAGGUCUCUCGGCAAAGUGCACCACGAGAAAGAGGACAGAUCAGAGCGUGGCAAGGACAGAGACAGGGGGAGUCGGGUGGUGGUGGUCCACGGCAUGAAGACAUCAGAGGAAGUGACGGGGCUGCAGCUGUAUUCUCAGUAUGAGCUGUCUGUUGCUGCCUUUAACAGCAAAGGAGGGGGGCCUCAUUCCCCGCCGCACCACUUCAGCACCCCGGAGGGAGCACCUGGUCCUCCUGCAUCGUUGACAUUUGACAGUCCUUCAGAGAAAUCGCUGAUCCUCUACUGGACCCCUCCAGUUGAACCCAACGGCGUCCUGCUGGGAUACAUGGUGCAGUAUCAAGAGGAGGUGGAGAGCAGAGACAGCCUGCUGCAGAUGGAGAUCAUCAGCGAUCCCAGUGUGACACACAUUAUACUGGACUCUCUGGACCCCAGCAGCUACUACAUCUUCAAAGUGAUUGCACGCACCGCCGCCGGAGAUGGACCUCCCAUCACACGGAGGGGCGCCACCCUGCUGGACGGAGUUCCUCCGUCCAACAUCAGCAUCAUCUCCAGUAACACGUCACUCAACCUGAGCUGGGUGCCCGGAGAGCGGGACAGGAACCACGGCUUCAUCAUCCGCUACAUGAGGAAGAGUCUCGGCGCUAAGUGGGAGGAGUCAGAGGUGGUGAACUCCACGCAGGGUUUCUAUUCGCUGAAAGGCCUCCAACCAGGAUCUCAGUACCACCUGAUGAUCAAGCACGAAAACGACACCAUGUGGGAAGAUGUGAAGUGGACCAUGGGACCAGUGCCGUCAGAGAUGCCCGGAGGCUUCGCCACCCAGGGUUGGUUGAUAGGACUCAUCAGCGCUAUCGUGCUGUUGGUGCUGAUUCUGCUCAUCCUCUGCCUUAUCAAACGCAGCAAGGGCGGCAAAUACGCAGUGAAGGACAAAGAGGACAAGGAGGUGGACUCUGAAGCUCGGCCGAUGAAAGAUGAGACCUUCGGAGAGUACAGAUCUCUGGAGAGUGACGCAGAUGAGAAGCGCUCAGACAGCCAGCCGUCUCUGUGCGGGGAGAGCAAGCUGGGCAGCGACGACUCUCUGGCUGAAUACGGGGACAGCGUGGACAUCCAGUUCAACGAGGACGGCUCGUUCAUCGGCCAGUACAGUGGCCGGGGGCCCGUCACCCACGGCAACGAGAGCUCUGGUCCCGCCUCUCCCGUCAACGCAGUCCCGCCUCCACCCAUCGCUCCAUCCAUGUCGAGCAUCCUGAACCGGCCCAGCUAGACACACACAUACACACGACAAAAA